GGACGGAGUUUUUCGAGGGUUGCAAAGCAAUAAACGCGGACACCAUCGACGGGAUUUGCGCCCGUUUCCCCAGCCUCUUGAACGAAGCGAAGCAGGAAGACAAAUUCAAAGACCUCUACCGUUUCACGUUCCAGUUCGGCUUGGAUUCCGACGAAGGCCAGAGGUCGCUCCACCGGGAAAUAGCCAUCGCCCUCUGGAAGCUGGUUUUCACGCAGAACAAGCCUCCCAUCUUGGACCAGUGGUUACACUUCUUGACCGAGAACCCUUCGGGGAUCAAGGGCAUCUCGCGAGAUACCUGGAACAUGUUCCUUAAUUUUACUCAGGUCAUCGGGCCGGACCUCAGCAAUUACAGCGAGGACGAGGCCUGGCCCAGUCUCUUCGACACUUUCGUGGAAUGGGAAAUGGAGCGGCGGAGGAAGGGGGAGGAAGAAGAGGGGGGUCCCACCCGCUUGGAGGAUUUACAGACAGCGUCCCUGUGUACAGACCAUCACGCGGCCUGACCGUUUCGACAGCGGCAAUUGUUCCUCCCUUCCCCGUUCCCCCCUUCAUGGCCCGUAAGCUCAGAACUCCUCUGGAAUUUACAGACUUCUCCAGACUUUUUUUCUACUUUACACCUUUCUCUGCCUUGUAUUUUGAAAGGGCUUUAAAAUGCUGUAUCCAUAUUUUAGGCACUUUCUUUCAAAAAAUUGGGUUAUUCCCCUUCCUUCUCUCCUUGAAAUGUUUAAUUCUUCCCUUCCCUUCCCUCCGGUUGAGAGUUAAAUGAUUUUUAUUUCCAAAUGGUUUUCAGGCUGGUAUGCUUCUUUGCCACAGGUUACACAACUUUCAAAGGAAAUUUAUAUAUAUAUAUGUAUACAGUAUACA